AUGUUCCUUCUUCCGGACAGAAGUGAGAGAAGCCGUCGCCAGAGCAAGGUGCUGGCUAACACUUGCAGUCCGUCGUGGAAUCAAAGCCUGGUGUACAAAAACGUGACCACGGGGCAGCUGAGCGAAAAGAUUUUGGAAAUAACAGUUUGGGAUUACGAGAAAUACGGCUCAAACGAAUUUCUUGGUGAGGUAUAG